CGGUCCUCGGGAGAGUAGACGGCGCUCUCCAGGGAGGAGUGGCGGGCCACCCGGCGCGGGGCGAGGGCGGCCUCCGCCAGCUCUCGGCGGAACUUUCCUGUCGGCGGGGUGUGUUCCCGUCCGGGCGGCCUGGCGCGCGGGCCGGGAGGGGGACGCUUUUUGGCGCGGACCGCGAGCGGAGGCUGCGAGCGCCGCCGCCUGAGAAGCCCCGAGCUCGGUCCCAGCCAGUCCGCGGCGCCCGGGCCUGGCCGGCCGCUUCCCGCCCGGGCCGCCGCCCCCGCCCGCACCCCCGCCGCCGCCGACGCCGCCGAGCGGGCGCAGCGGAACGCGAGGCCGCUCGGCCCUGCCUGGCCCUGCGCGGCCCGGAGCCGCGGCGCGGAGGACCCCUGUAGUGGACCAUGAGUCGGUAAUGCCCACUGAGGACCUCUGGGAGCCAUGUCAGACGAAUCCGCCUCAGGGAGCGAUCCAGACCUGGACCCGGACGUGGAGCUGGAGGAUGCGGAAGAGGAGGAGGAGGAGGAGGAGGUGGCAGUGGAGGAGCACAGCAGGGAUGAGGAGGAAGACCUGCUGGAUGACCCGUCCCUGGAAGACAUGUGCGGCACGGAGUGUGCCACGCUCGGGGAAGAUGGGCAGCGGCCGCCGCGGUGCACUUCAACUACCUCAUCUCAGUCUGAGCCUUCAGAGCAGCAGCACCACCGAGGCAAGAGCCUAGCCUCCGAGGACCCCAAAAAGAAGAGAGCUCAGAAGCCCUCCCACAUGAGGAGAAACAUACGAAAGCUGCUCCGGGAGGACCAGCUGGAGCCAGUCACCAAAGCAGCGCAGCAGGAAGAGCUGGAGAGGAGGAAGCGCCUGGAGCAGCAGAGGAAGGACUACGCGGCGCCCGUUCCCACGGUGCCCCUGGAGUUCCUCCCCGAGGAGAUCGUCUUAAGAGCAAGUGACGGUCCGCAGCUGCCUCCUCGGGUCUUGGCCCAGGAAGUCAUUUGUUUGGACAGUAGCAGUGGCAGUGAGGACGAAAAAAGCAGUCGAGAUGAGGUGAUUGAGCUGAGCUCCGGGGAUGAGGACACCCUGCACAUUGUGGACAGCAGCGAGUCCGUCAGCGAGGAGGACGAGGAAGAGGAGAAGGGAGGCACCCACGUGAACGACGUCCUAAACCAGCGCGACGCCCUGGGGCGGGUCCUCGUGAACCUGAACCACCCCCCGGAGGAGGAGAAUGUCUUCCUGGCCCCGCAGUUGGCUCGGGCAGUGAAGCCUUGUCAGAUCGGAGGGAUCCGGUUCCUGUACGAUAACCUGGUCGAGUCCCUGGAGAGGUUUAAGACCAGCAGUGGCUUCGGCUGUAUCCUGGCCCACAGCAUGGCUGGGAAGACUUUGCAAGUGAUCUCCUUCGUCGACGUCCUCUUCCGCCACACGCCAGCCAAAACGGUCCUCGCCAUCGUGCCGGUCAACACGCUUCAGAACUGGCUGGCAGAGUUCAACAUGUGGCUCCCGGCCCCCGAAGCCCUGCCGGCCGACAGCAAGCCCGAAGAGGUGCAGCCCCGGCUCUUCAAGGUUCACAUCCUGAACGAUGAGCACAAGACAAUGGCAGCUCGUGCUAAAGUGAUGGCUGAUUGGGUGUCAGAGGGUGUGCUGCUGAUGGGGUACGAAAUGUACAGACUCCUCACCCUGAAGAAAUCCUUUGCCACAGGUAGACCGAAGAAAGCCAAGAAACGUUCUCACCCGGUCAUCAUUGAUCUGGAUGAGGAAGAUCGCCAGCAGGAGUUUCGGAGAGAGUUUGAGAAGGCCCUGUGCCGCCCCGGCCCCGACGUGGUGAUCUGUGACGAGGGCCACCGCAUCAAAAACUGCCAGGCCAGCACCUCCCAGGCCCUGAAGAACAUCCGCUCCCGCCGCCGGGUGGUGCUGACGGGCUACCCGCUGCAGAACCUCCUCGAGUACUGGUGCAUGGUGGACUUCGUGCGCCCGGACUUCCUCGGCACCCGGCAGGAGUUCAGCAACAUGUUCGAGCGCCCCAUCCUGAACGGGCAGUGCACGGACAGCACGCCGCAGGACGUCCGCCUCAUGCGGUACCGCAGCCACGUGCUGCACAGCCUCCUGGAGGGCUUCGUGCAGAGGCGAGGCCACACCGUGCUGAAGAUUCACCUCCCUGCCAAGGAGGAGAACGUGAUCCUGGUGCGGCUCUCCAAGAUCCAGCGAGACCUGUACACUCAGUUCAUGGACCGCUUCCGGGACUGUGGCAGCAGUGGCUGGCUGGGGCUGAACCCGCUCAAGGCUUUCUGUGUGUGCUGCAAGAUCUGGAACCACCCCGACGUGCUGUACGAAGCCCUGCAGAAGGAGAACCUGGCCAAUGAGCAGGACCUGGACGUGGAAGAGCUCGGCUCCGCGGGGGCGAGCGCCCGCUGCCCGUCACAGGGAGCAAAGGUCAAGGGGGAGGACGGCGCCUUGGGCCCCGCAACGGGAGAGGCCACCAACACCAAGUUCCUCCAGGGGGUGGGCUUCAACCCCUUCCAGGAGCGGGGCAACAACAUCGUCACGUACGAGUGGGCCAAGGACCUUUUGACCAAUUACCAGACCGGAGUGCUGGAGAACUCUCCCAAGAUGGUACUGCUCUUCCACCUGAUCGAGGAGAGUGUGAAGCUUGGGGACAAGAUCCUCGUGUUCAGCCAGAGCCUGUCCACCCUGGCUCUCAUCGAGGAGUUCCUAGGGAAACGGGAAGUGCCCUGUCCACCUGGUGCUGAGGGCCAAGGCGCGCAGAAGUGGGCCCGAAACGUCAGCUACUUCCGGCUGGAUGGUAGCACCCCUGCCUUCGAGAGGGAGCGGCUCAUUAAUCAGUUCAACGAUCCCAGCAACCUCACCACCUGGCUCUUCCUUCUCUCCACAAGGGCCGGGUGCUUGGGCGUGAAUCUGAUCGGCGCCAACCGAGUGGUGGUGUUUGACGCUUCCUGGAACCCUUGCCAUGACGCGCAGGCCGUGUGCCGGGUGUACCGGUACGGCCAGAGGAAGCCCUGUCACAUCUACCGCCUUGUGGCUGACUUCACCCUCGAAAAGAAGAUCUACGACCGGCAGAUUUCCAAGCAGGGCAUGUCAGAUCGGGUGGUGGACGAUCUCAAUCCAAUGCUGAACUUCACCCGGAAGGAGGUGGAGAACCUGCUGCACUUUGUGGAGAAGGAGCCGGCUCCCCAAACGUCUCUGAACAUAAAGGGGAUCAAGGAGUCAGUCCUGCAGCUCGCCUGUCUGAAGUACCCUCACCUCAUCACCAAGGAGCCUUUUGAACACGAGUCGCUGCUCCUUAACCGGAAGGAUCACAAGCUGACCAAGGCGGAGAAGAAGGCGGCGAAGAAAAGCUACGAGGAGGACAAGCGCACCUCGGUCCCCUACACCCGGCCCUCGUACGCGCAGUAUUACCCCGCCAGCGACCAGAGCCUGACCAGCAUCCCCGCCUUCAGUCAGAGGAGCUGGCAGCCGGCCCUGAAGGGCGACGAGAAGCCUGUGGCCAGUGUUCGUCCCGUGCAGUCCACCCCCAUCCCCAUGAUGCCCCGGCAUGUCCCGCUGGGAGGCGGUGUCGGCUGCGCCUCCGGCACGAACCCAGCCAUGAACUUCCCAAUCAACUACCUGCAGCGUGCGGGGGUCCUGGUGCAGAAGGUGGUCACCACCACAGAUAUUGUUAUUCCCGGACUCAACAGCUCCACUGAUGUGCAGGCGCGGAUCCACGCUGGUGAGAGUAUCCACAUCAUCCGAGGGACAAAAGGGACGUACAUCCGUGCCAGCGACGGGCGCAUCUUCGCUGUCCGGGCGGCCGGCAAGCCCAAGGCUCCCGAAGACGGCCGGGCGGCGGCCUCAGGUUCCCAGGGGCCUUCUCUCGAGUCUACAAGCAAUGGCAGACACAGUGCCUCAUCACCCAAAGCCCCGGACCCCGAGGGGCUGGCCAGGCCCGUCUCCCCGGACAGCCCGGAGAUCAUCAGUGAGCUCCAGCAGUACGCGGACGUGGCUGCUGCCCGGGAGUCCCGCCAGAGCUCCCCGAGCUCCAACGCCGCCCUGCCCGGCCCCCCGGCCCCGCUGGCGGACGGCAGUGCUAUGCCUGGGACCGCUCUCGGGACCGAGCCUCGACACGGGGGGCAUUGCCUCAAUAGUUCCCUCCUGGUGACCAGCCAGCCCUGUGGUGACAGGCACCCGGUGUUGGACUUGCGGGGCCACAAGCGAAAGCUGGUCACACCACCUGCUGCCCAGGAGUCAGCCCGUCGGCGGUCCAGGAAGGGCCACCUGCCGGCCCCCAUGCAGCCGUACGAACACGGGUACCCAGUGUCGGGCGGGUUCGCCAUGCCGCCCGUCUCCUUAAACCACGACCUCGCCCCGCCCUUCACCUCCCAGGCCGGGGAGAACUCGCUGCUCAUGGGCGGCGCCCCCUCCUACUACCAGCUGUCCAAUUUGCUGGCCGACGCCCGCCUGGUGUUCCCAGUGACUACUGACCCGCUGGUGCAGACGGGCCCCGUCAGUUCCUCUUCCACGGCUACCUCAGUCACUGCCAGCACCCCUUCCUUCAUGCUCAGCCCCCCCGUGCCAGGGAUGCUCCCCAGCUACUCACUCCCGUUCUCGCAGCCACUCCUGUCCGAGCCGAGGAUGUUCGCGCCUUUCCCCUCCCCCGUCCUGCCCAGCGACCUUUCCCGGGGCGUGUCUGUCUACCCCGGCUAUGUGUCCUCACACGCAGGCUACCCGGCCGGCGGGCUGCUCCCGCCCCGGGUGCCUCCGUUCGACUCUCAUGAGGUUGCCGAGGUGGGGUUCAGCUCCAACGACGACGAGGACAAGGACGAUGACGUGAUAGAGGUCACUGGGAAAUAGCUGGGGAGCCCCUCUGCACCUCACUCGGGGCCCCCAGCAGGCACCUCCCCACCAGCUGGAAGGCAGUGAGUGACCUGGGCCUUCUGAGAAGAGGGCGCUUGGCAGGAGGGAGCGGGAGGAGGACAAGGCAGGCGGCUGACCACAGUGGCAGGGCUCUGGUGCGGUGUGAUGGAAGCGGCAACACCCCCGGUGGCACGGCCGCAGUAGGGAAUCAGGGACCCAAACCAGGACCGGACCGCGGGGCUGGGUGGCCCGCCUCUCUCCCGCCUGCCUGGCUUAGCCAUCUGCUCGCGUGCUCGCCUGCCCGCCCGCCGGAGUGUAGACACUCACAUCCCACUCCUGUCUUUGGGAACAUUCCCUCCCAAGAGACCUGCCUUACCGGGUGACUUAGCUUGGCCUGGGGAGGGGAGGGGAGGGGGGCGAAGGGUAAGGAAGGAGGGUGGGCAGGGGGAGCCGACCGAGAUUCCGUGGGACGUGGAGUCCUCUUGGGGGUGGGAAAGAAGCAGACCAGGUGUGUGUGCUUGUGCGUGCGUGUGUUGGUGUGUGUGCGUAUGUGUACGUGACAGCAGGGGCGAAGGUGGGAGGGGAGGGAGGGAGGGAACGAUGGAUAAGGGGAAACUAAAAAUGAACUUACCGCUUUAAAAAUGGAAAUCGGAGUGUGGUGGUUCCAGGCAACUAUUAGUGCGAACAUCGGGGUGAGCCCAGGAGAAGAGCCGUGGGAACCACCGGCUGGCUCCCUUCCAGCUGGGCGAGGCGGGCCUGGGUAACGCAGGUCCCAGGUUUGCAGAGGCGCGUCUGUCUGAGAAUUCAGGGCAAGCGGUGAAAGAGAGUGGGCAUCAGCGAUCUCUGCCUCCUCCCCGGCGGCUGUCUCGGGCCGGUCUCCCCCUCCCAGGCUGUGAGACGCCGGUUCUGGCCUCGGGGGAGCGGGUCCGUGCGUGCGGCGUGAGAGAGAGACCACGGUGUUGCCGCUGAAGAGACAUGCUUCUCAAGGAUGGCGCUGAGCCCCCAACUGCCUGUCCCGGUGGCCUUUCCCGUCCUGUCCUUCCCUGUUAGAGAGCUCCAUGUUAAUUUAUUUCUUGUGGGCAAUUAUUUAUUAUUUGAACUUUUCAUGUGUCUUUUUUUUAGGUGUGGGGGGGAGGUAGGAGAUGGGAAGGGCCAUUUGAAGGUGGUCCAGACCCCCUAGCUGCUGGUGCGCCAGUCCCCGUGGGCGGUGAGCUGGCUGAGGCAGGAGCGCCAGGCUCCAGCAGAGCCCGCCCCGAGCAACUGUGUGUCUGGGAAACGGCCUUUCAGGAAGGCCGGGGAGCCUGCGACCACCUGGAGCACAAGUGGGUGUGAGACUCGCGCCACAGAGCCUGGCCCUGGGGGUCACGGAGCUUGCUGUUAGAAAGUACUCGGUCACCCCGAGUUUGGAGCCGAGUCCUCCUCUGACGACCGCAGAGGCAGGCGCUCCGUGCCGUGUGCAGGUGGGGGCCGUGUCGAGGGGGCAGACCGCCGAUUUCCGGUCGGACCUACCAGAUGACCGGCAGGGACCCGGUGUCUGCUGCCUUCCUCCCCUCUGGAGGAACGUGGAGGAGCCCUUUCUCUGUAGGAGCCUUAAGUCUGGCUUGUGUCUUGAAAGAGCACAUCAGCCAUUCUGUGUCUAGGCUUUCUUGUUGCCAGUGCCAGGGAAGGAAGGGGGCAUCGAGCACUGGCUGUCUGUUGGUUCCCCGCCUGCCCCCCCACCCCUGCCACCGAGACUUUGCCAGUCGUCUCUUGAUGAUGGACUAACCUUGUCUGUCUGCAGAGCUCCGCCGCCUGCCCGCGAGUCCCCUCACUGGGCAGCUGCUGCCCCUGCGUCUUCCCAGCCCUGGAGGCGGCUUGCUCAGGUCGCCGCUCGUGGUAGCUGCUCCGCAACCUUUCCACCAGCCCGUGGUCGUCGUGGGAGGGCUGUACACACUCUGGGUGUGGUCCCCGGGGCGGAGACCAGGAGGUGGCCGGCGGGGCUGUGUGCCUGUGUGCGUGUGUGCGCUGCCCAAUCACCGCAAGUGGGACUUACGGCGCCUUUUUCUCUGUUUCCAUUAGCACCCUGCCAGACUCUUAACUCUCCUCUUCAUAGAAGCCUUAGAUCUACAAUUUAGCUAUGCAAAUUACUUUAAUAAUUUAAAAAUAGCCGUUCCAACCAGUGCUUUCUCUUUCAGAUGCAGCCCGGGAUUGGAUGGUGAAGGGACUCAGUUGGCGUGGGCUUUCGGGGUGAGGCUGGCGCUGUAGCAGCAAGCCAGGCCGGGUCUCCAGCGCACAGAGCCCACUCGCAGCCUGGGCUACAGCGGACGCCUCCGAGGCCCCGGAGCCCUGGGAUCCCAGGCGCGUGUGUGCACUCGAGCACGUGCGUGUGUGUGUGCGCGAGAUUGGGGAAGAAGGGGUAUUUCUGUGCGCACCUCCAGACAAUCACAGCAGCAGGCUCUGAGACCCGGGAAGCUGUCCCAGCGUGGAGUUGAAACCAGUCCCUGGCAGGGUGGGCACUGGAAGGUGCCAGGAAGUGGACGGGCAACCUGAGGGCAUCAGGGGCCUGCUCCCAGCCUGGUGCUGCCAGGAGCUGGGUCUCUGACGUGGGGGAGGCCGUGGUGUGGGAGGAGGACCGGCUCCAGGAGGCUCCAGGCGACGUGUGCGGCUCCGCUCCUCAGGCCGGUGGGGGAGGACCAGGGGGCAUCGGAGUGCCAUCAGUUCUGGGGUUCGGGUUCGUUCUUUAAGGGGCCUGGAAACCCUUCCCGGACUUCUCUGCUGGCCCUGCCUGUGUGCUGGUAGGCAGUGCACGUGCGCGCUGGACGGGGGCCUGUGCGGGAGGGGCGGGAAGUGCCCCCAAGCCCGAGGACCCUGUUCCAAGCGCUUGGGUCAGACGCGCCUGGUGGUGGCUUGCAGCGGCCCCGCGGGCCCACGUGAGGGCAGGACAGUGGUGCGAGGUGGCGGAAGGUCAGGCCUGGGCGUUUUCCCUCACACCUUCCACGGAAAGUUCUCAGGCUCCUCGAGGCCCGUCUGGCUGGUGUAGCCUGAAUCCUCAGCCUAAGGAACACAGUACAACUUAAUGGUUCAGGAUUCCCAUUUGUAGUGAUGUUUGAUUUCCUUUUCUUAAUACCUUUGUGGGUAAAAAUUAGAGUAGUCACUUAAGGAAGGAAGUGAGCGAACCGAGUGGGAUCAGACCUGCUUCUCCAGACCGGGUAUCUGCUCGCUCUCACCCUCCGGGCUGUGUGUGCGUGGGCCUCUCUCCGGGCGCCUCCUGCCUUCACGGUAACUCGCGCCGCACCUGGGACUCUCUUCCCUAGGAGUCAGUCACCAAUUCGUGUGGUGUGGUCCGAGACUAAAUACGGAAUUCCCCACCCCAGGGCCCGAAGCAAAGCCAGGGUGAGGUUUCACGGAUAAUUGAAACACUCAGCCAAACUGGAGCCAUCCGGGCGGGCGGCCACUCCCGACAGAGGCCGCCAGCAGAGCGAGGACCUCUGCUUCCCCCUGGGCGAGCCUGGCGUUACGCCGGAGCGGAGUCCCCGUCCCGUGCGGAAGGUCUUCGGGGGGCUUUACAUUCCUCGUACCCAGUGUUCCUGGCCGUGACCCGGUUCCUCCCGUCCCCCAGGCCCCCGUGACUGCUCAGGAGACCAGUCCGUUGCCUCUGAGCCGUGGUCCCCUGUACACCCACCGAGGGGCUCUCUUCCAGCCCAGACUCCCGAGCGAGAAGCUCCUGUCCCCGGUGGACCCCCCGGAGACUUUCUGGCCCUCUGCUGACCUCCCAGGGAGCCCGCACCCCAAGGCCCGUCUGAGAACGCUUCACUCUCCGUCCGUCACCCCAGACUCCAUGUGCCCCCCCUGCUGCCGCUGUUCCUCCUCCCUGUGUACUCACUGUCACCUCUUCAUGUCUGUCUGUGCCACUAGCUGGCCCUGGGCCUUUUAUGAAUCCCCGCGUCUUACGAUGAACUUCCCAAGCAGGCAGCAUCCAACUUCUUUGCUCUUCAGGGACCCGAGUCUGCCGCCUUCCCCUCUCGUGGGCCUGUUUGCUCUGGUAACCUGGUGCCCUGGGGAGAGGUGGCCAGGCAGGCUGAGGAGUCCGUAGGGCAGAGGCCGGGGGAGAUGGGGGUGCUCUCUGUUACCACUGCUGGGGUGAUGUUUGGAAGAGGGGAGACCUCAUACUGUGACCUGAUCCAGGACCCUCCCCUGGAAGAGAGCGUAGCCCAGGGGUGUGUGUGUGUGUGUGUGUGCGUGCGCACACACGCGCCUGCUCAUGUACACAUGAGUGUAAACUUACUGUUGUCUGGUUGUGUUACUCAGGGUGGGCUGAGGACUCACCAGAAGAAUCCCCUUAGCCUGCUCAAGACUGGUUUUUUCCUGUGCCCCCUCCAGAGGGGUCGGGAAGGGGGUGCAGGUGGGUUGAGGGGGUCACAGUGGAUAACCACUAAGGCCACACUGCUGCCAGAAGGAGUAGGGGGAGAUGAGGUGGCCCCAGGGACCUGGCACCUGGCUUCGGUUUUCCGUCUUCUUUCCUCAGGACGCCCCCUGAGGCCCGGGACCCGCGCCUGGCUUUGAGGAGCACCUGGCGGCCGGUGCUCUAGCUGCUGGUGUGGUCAGGGCUUCCCUCCCCUCUCAGCAGGGCAGGUGCUCCUGCCCCGGAGACUGGGCAACUGGCUGUUUCUAUGACGUAUUUAUUUUUACUUGUGUUUCAUGUCACUUUUUUAAAAAAGCAAACAGAACAAUUGUAAGUCAGUAUAACUGCCUAUCAGUUUUCUUUAUUUCUCUUUUUGUAAAAUAAAAUUUAAACUCAAGAAGGCA